UGACGCCUGGACAACAACCCGCGUCACACGGCUGUGUCCUCCGACCUCCUUUUUUGGUUCGGUCAACUCCCGCAUAUGUAGCAGGAAGUGUAGCGUAGCGUCAAAGCAGGGAGCGAUAGGAUAAUUUUCGAAAGUCUUCGCGUCAAUUCUCGCUGGCGCACUAAGAAGACCGCAGUGCUGUGGCCAUUAGUCUUCAAAAGUUCGAGCUCGUGCGUGUGCAAAGAGAGAGAGAGGGAGAGACAGAGGAUAGCGAUGGCGGAGAGGACGUUGUGCGUGACGGGAGCUGGAGGCUUUCUUGCUUCGUGGGUCGUCAAGAUUCUUCUCUCCAAGGGCUACGCCGUCCACGGCACCGUCAGAGAUCCCAGUGAUGCAAAGUAUGCUCACUUGAAGAAACUGGAUAAAGCAUCUGAGAAAUUGAGACUCUUCAAGGCAGAUUUACUGGAUUAUGAUUCUCUCCGCUUGGCAAUUGAAGGAUGCUGUGGGGUUCUCCAUGUUGCUUGUCCAGUCCCUUCCUCCUCUGUGUCAAAUCCUGAGGUAGAGCUGCUUGCACCUGCAGUUAAGGGAACACUUAAUGUGCUGAAGGCAUGCUCUGAAGCGAAAGUUAAGCGAGUUGUAUAUGUAUCCUCGGUUGCUGCAAUGAUGAUGAACCCCAGUUGGCCAAAGGGUCAAGCGAUGGAUGAGCUGUCCUGGUCUGACAAGGAGUACUGUCGCAGGACUGAGAACUGGUAUUGCCUUUCAAAAACUGAAGCAGAAAGUGAAGCUUUAGAGUAUGCAAAAAUAAAUGGGCUUGAUGUCAUAUCGGUAUGUCCUAGUCUCAUAUUUGGCCCAGUUCUGCAGUCAACACUCAACGCAAGCACAACGGCCCUCUUAAACUUAAUGAAAGGAGGGCAGGAGUCAGUGCCAAACAGGUUGAGGAAUUUAGUGGACGUACGUGAUGUCGCCGCAGCUGUAAUUUUGGCAUAUGAGAAAUCUGAGGCGGAAGGACGAUAUACAUGCACAUCUCACUGCAUUAAGACACGGGACUUGGUGGAAAAGCUGAAGAGUCUGUAUCCUAACUACAAUUAUCCUCAUAGCUUUACUGAGACCGAAGAAGGGAUUACUCUCAGCUCAGAGAAGUUACAAGGGCUCGGUUGGACUUACAAGCCACUGGAGGAAACUCUGGUUGAUUCAGUUGAAAGUUACCGUGCUUCUGGACUAUUGGAAGUAAAGUAGUUCUCUUGUUGGGUUAGUUUCUGCCCCAGGAUUGGUCGUUGCUGAAUUGUUGUCGACAAGAACAUUGUAUUCUGGCAAUAACACACAGACAUCGUUUUGUUGUAGCAUAGAGGUUGCCAUUGCUGUUCAGGCUUGUUAAAUAAAGCCUGGAUGAUCUGUUGACCGUUGAGAAAAACAUGUUUUUGGUUUUUCAUGUCAAAUGUUAAUUUUCUCUCA